GCUACGCCUGCGAUCUUGCAAGAAGCGUCUCGCAACCAACCCUCGGCUAACAGACCAAAAUUGCCUCCGUCGCUUGCAUCUCUUCUAGGUUCGGCAGCAGCCCAAAUCCUUACACAUGGCGUCUCAGAUGAACGUGCGUCGCAGCGCUGGCCAGCGCCAGUCGCAGCGCUCCGGAGCUGGCCCCUGCAUCGUGGCGAGCUACCGUCUCACGCACCACCGCGGCGCUAACGCGACGCCAUAUGGGCAAGCGUGCCUGGCGAUUCGCGUGCAGGAGCAGCGUCGGGAGCAGUCGCUGCUCAUGUGCCGGUCCACACCAGUUGAGGCCCCUGCCGCACCCGCGGCGGAGGCACCCACCGCUGACGCCGACCCCGCCUCCAUGGACAUUCGCGUGGGCAAGAUCGUGAAGGUUGAGAAGCACCCAGAGGCGGACAGCCUGUACGUGGAGCAGAUUGACGUGGGCGAGCCCGAGCCGCGCACCAUCGUGUCGGGCCUGGUCAAGUUCGUGCCAGUGGAGGAGAUGCAGGACCGCAAGGUUAUCGUGCUCUGUAACCUCAAAGCGCGCAACAUGCGCGGCAUCAAGUCCAACGGCAUGGUGCUGUGCGCCUCCAACGAUGCCCACGAUGUGGUGGAGCCGCUGGCGCCGCCCGCUGAGGCGCCGGUGGGCGAGCGCGUGUAUUUCGGCGAGGCUGGCAAGACCCAGGCUGCACCCGCGGAGCCGAACCGCGUGCAGAAGAAGAAGCUGUGGGAGGCUGUGCAGCCGCUGCUCAAGACGGACAGCGAGGCAACGGCGCGGUUCAAGGACGACGUCAUGUUCACCAGUGCAGGGCCCGUGCGCGCCGCCAGCCUCAAGGGCGCCACAAUCGCCUAAGAAGUACCGGUAUUGGACAGUGAUGUAUGGGGUCCCUGCUGAUAAUGGGAGUGGUGCAACCUGGGGGCCUGAAUACGCGCCGGACGGUGCAUGGCACUGUGUGCAGGCGGGGUGAGCUGCUUGAUGCUCAUGAUUAGGUUUGUAUUACCGCAUUCCGUAUGUACGGUAACGAGCCUGUUGAGUACAUGUGGGGGGUCAUUAAUAAAGAAUGGGGAUGUUACAGAGGGUCCUUAAUAAAGGAGUGAAGAGUCAUCAAGGAUGGUGUGUCUAUGUGUGUUUGUAACUUGACUGGCCACCUGACAGAGGCGAGAUGUCAUCGGGCUACCGCUGAGUGCUGUUAGCAUGCAGGUAGGUAAAGCAGCGCUGCUUUGUCACCGCAUCGUGCUUCCCUGCUUCUUCCCUGGUAAGGGUCGCAGUGCUGGCAAUAGCACAGGCAAUACCUCUCCUGAUACUGACGGAUCCAGGCUCAGGCAUGAUUCACACACACGAUCCUUCGGAAGGCAGACUUCAAGGGGUGGCACGACGGGCAUUCGUGCGCCAGUAGAGCUGGCGGCAUCCGCCAGUAAUGCGGCUAGGUAAGGAACUGCUAGAUGUCGGGCAGUCGCGUCACGGCCACGUGCCAGUCUGUCUCGGUCACCGUGACUUCAGUCAGGGCGCGCUGUAACAUAGCUAUCGA